AUGGCAGUGUCGCAGGCUGCAAACCUGGUGGAGAAGAUCAUCGGACAUGGUGACAAUGCCGAGAUCACCACGGACGUGAGCAACUACAACAACGAACAUGGCAUGGAGACUGGUCCUACCAUCAAAGCCACCACCUGGCAAGGCAAGAAUAAGGUCACCCUUGUCGACAUGCCCAAGCCAAGAGUCGUGGAUGCGGGCGACGUGGUUAUCAAGGUGACUGGAAGCACCAUCUGUGGCAGUGACCUCCACUUGUACCAUGAGCGGCUAAUGGUCAUCUUUGGCGUCUCUGCAGGAGUGAUUCCUCAGCUUCAAAAGGGCGAUGUCCUGGGCCACGAGUGUUGUGGUGUGGUCGAAUUGACCGGCCCCGAAGUCACCAAGGUCAAGGCCGGGGAUCGAGUGGUGGUGUCUUUCCCCAUUGCCUGCGGUCAUUGCAGGAAUUGCAACCGGGAGCUUUACUCCCAGUGUGAGAACACCAACCAGAACACCAUCAGUAACGUCAUGUAUGGCAAUCGUACUGCCGGCAUGUUCGGAUACUCGCACUUUACUGGAGGCUUCGCUGGCGGCCAAGCCGAAUACCUUCGUGUUCCCAACGGCAACGUCAACCUGCUCCCUAUCCCAGAGGAUGUGCCCGAUGAGAAGGCACUCUUCUUGUCAGAUGUGAUUGCCACUUCCUGGCACUGUGUGGUUGACACGGGUGUCAAGGAGGGUGAUGUCGUCGCCGUUUGGGGUGCUGGCCCCAUCGGUCAGAUGGUUACCGAAUUCAGCUUCUACCAUGGUGCCAGCCGGGUGAUUCUCAUUGACGGCGGUGACGGUGCCUGGCGAUUGGACUAUGUGAAGAGAAAGGUGCCAAAGGUCGAGACCAUUGAUUUCACCAAGCUUGCCAAGGGCGAGUCCGUAACCUCGCAGCUGAAGAAGAUGACAGAGGGAGGCCCCGACGUGUGUCUGGAGUGUGCCGCCGGAGAGUAUGCUAAAGGUUGGGCUCACUACUUUGAGCUCAUGCUCGGCAUGGAGACGGAUAGCUCCGAAAUCGUGAACGAGAUGAUCACCUCGGUGCGAGCCUUUGGUCGCAUCGGUGUGACUGGAGUUUAUGCUGGAUUUACCAAUCACUUCAACAUCGGCGCACUGAUGGAGACAGGUGUCCGCUUCAUCGGAAAUGGACAGGCUCCAGUUCAAAAGUACUGGAAAGACCUCAUGAAGCUCAUUCAAGAGGGCAAGAUCAACCCCAUGGACAUGGUGUCUCACCGCAUGCGUCUUGAAGAUAUGGAACAAGUGUAUGAGGCCUUCAACAGACGCGACGAGGGCAUGCAGAAAGUCUUUAUUCAAACGAAGCACUCGGCUCCUCCUUCGGCCGAUUCGCCCGCUCUUACAAAGUUUUGA